AUGGCCGCCAGCAAUCGGGAUGAGAAAGAUGGAGAUUUUAAUGUUUUGGACUAUAUCUUAGGAGAGGCAUACGAUCAGGAUGACUCUUUGUGUCACCCUGAAAUGGAACAAGAUGAAAAUGAGGAACGGGCCUCCAAAAGAAGAUGUGAUCGAAUGGAAACUACCCAACGCGAGAGUCAAGAAUCCCCUGAGUGGUCCCGAGAAUUGACUCCAGAGCCACCUGGCUCACCUAUGAGCACAGAGCCAUGUGGAAGUCCACGUGAACAGACUGCAGUCGGGAAAAGCGAAGCCGGUGGCUCUUUUUCUGAGACUCUAUCUUUCCCAGAAGGGUCAGCCGCCGCUGGUUCUAGCACUGAUGGAUCAGAGGAGAAAAAGCAAGGAAGGAAGAGAGCCCGAGGCAUAGCUUCAAUUGUUUUUCGCAGAAGUCCAAGUUGUGCAUCGGAAUCAUCUGCAGGUCCGCGAAGCAAGCACAAGAGAUCAUCAUCUUCCGUUGCUGCUGUUCCGGAAGACCCCACGAGGAGGCUUCGAUAUAUUCUGCGGGAUGCGAGAUUCUUCCUCAUAAAGAGCAGCAACCGUGAAAACAUCUCCCUUGCCAAAGCCAGGGGUAUAUGGUCGACCCUGCCAGCAAAUGAAAAGAAACUGAAUGCUGCAUUCCGAUCUGCAAGAAAUGUCAUUUUGAUAUUUUCCGUGACAGAGAGUGGAGCUUUUCAAGGCUUUGCGAGACUCUGUUCAGAAUCCCACCACGGAGGACCUCCUAUACAUUGGGUUUUGCCUGAAGGCAUGAAUCUUAAGACCCUUGGAGGGGUCUUCAGAAUUGCCUGGAUUUGCAGGCACGAAUUGCCCUUCACCAAAUGUGUUCACCUUACCAACGCUUUGAAUGGACAUAAGCCAGUUAAAAUUGGACGUGACGGUCAGGAAGUUGACCUCGAAUGUGCAACGGAGCUAUGUCUCCUCUUUCCCCACGAUGAAGGCGUUGACCUGUAUCAGGUCAUGGGUGACAGGCACCACCAGGUAAGAGUGCUUUCACCCUUGCGUUCCAGAGGACUUCCACCCCGCCGAGAAGCGGACCGGGAUGCGAGAAGGCGUCGUCGGUCAGAAGAUGACGAGGUUCAUAACAGCAGGAAGAGACCGAGGAUGGACUACGCCCCUGGGUUUCGUGAGAGACCAGCGCGUAGGGAGGACGCACGCCAUCCAGCAGCGGACAGAAGAUUUUCAGGAGUUGCCAGAGGUGUUUUCAUGAAGGGCUCCUACGAGGAUGACCUGAGAGCAUUUCACAACAGCAGGCCACCAAGGCCAAUGCGGGACAUGUCCCCUGGUCGAGGAAGGGGACAGCCUUCCUACCGCGCUGGCCACCAGCAGCGUGCUCUCCCUUUCCAGGACUCUCGGUCAGGACGUCGACCUGUGCCACAGGAAGCAAGACACAGAGGUCAACCAGCAUGUGAUUCUGAUAGGCGCGUAGAGGACUUCCUGCGUGAAACACGAGCUAUCUUUGGCUCUCAGAGACGGAGACCCCGUGAAUGGGAUCGACCCGGAGAAUGUGAUAGUUCCCCAUAUGGCCGGAGAGACAGGGAGGCGCGUGAAUGGCGAGAGAGGAGGAGAGACGAGGAGAGAAGAGAGAGGAGAAGACGGGAGAGGAGACUGACGCGAUGCAGCUGCCCCGAACAUCUUCCAUUCAUCUCCUGA